AUAAUUAAAUUAUCAAAAUUUGUGAAUCUCAUGAAAUUUUAUAUAAUAAUAAGCUACUCUACGUAAUAUCGAAGAGUUUCUUUACCAACUGACUUGUUACCAAGUGGUACAAUACACAGCUCGUACACACGAGCGUUUGGAAAUCAGCUGACGAUGAUUCCGUCCAAGGAAGAGGCGAGUUGAAGCAAGAGCACCAAAUAUUCAGUAUUCGCCACAAAAAUGGACUAAAUGUGAGUUAUUUAAUGUAAUAUUGCCGAAAUGUGUUGUGUAAAGUGACAUCUAGCGAGGAUUUCAUUGCUACGUGGAUAUUAUGAGGAGAUAACUCUAAAGAAACACCAUGUGUGCGUAACCGGUUUCAACAUAAUGCCAAGGAAACCUACGAAUCAGUCGCAGUCGUUUUUUGAUGAAUUUGAUGCAAGAUCAUAUCGACAUUUAGUCAACAGAGAACAAGACAUUCCAGGACACCAUGUUCCGUCACAGUCGUCACAGGGUCCAUCACAAUCUUCAAGUUCCGGCAAAAAGCGGAAGAAACAAAAGCAGAAAUCACACAAAAAAUCGAAAGAAAAGAGUGAAAGACAUCUACAGGAAAAUUAUCGGAUGCAAACGGAAUCGAAAAAUAAGUCUAUAGUAGCUUACGAUGAUAUUAGUUCAGACUCUGACAUUUCCAACAAUGGGCCAGUUUCACCUGUUAAUCGUGUUCAUAAUAAUAAUAAUAGCAGGGAAGCAUCAAAGAGGUCCAUGUCUCCCGGGCCUAACAUGAGGGGAUAUUUGCCCGACAGGAGUCCGAGUAUGUCCCCAAAUAACAUACGCGAACCGUCUAGUCCAUCACAUCCGCCCGCGAGAAGUUCAAGUAGGAAACACCAAAAGAAACGACCACUGUCGCCGCAAGAACUCCCAGUGCCAAAGGAUCAUUCUAAAAACUACUCUGGUGGUGGCAGUGUUCCUACACCAAAGGCAUAUAAUAUGCCACCAAAAGCGUACAAUCCACCAAAGGCUUACGCUGAUCCACCUCGUGCUUACAGUGGAUCAUUUAAUAGAGACCAUAGUCCAACGGAAAGUCCAAGGAAACGUUACAGAUCUCGUUCACCAAGUCCGUCAUAUAUGGGCAGGAAGAAAAACAGUGCUCAUUACAAGGACAAAUACUCAAGACAUGACAAAUACAAGAAUAGAUCAAAAUCAAGAUCACCUAGUCCACGCAGCCGAUCUCGGAGGGGUCAAUCUCGGUCACGGAAUCGACACCCUCGUUCAAGACAUUCUCGCUCUCCCACAGAGCACAGUCCUCCAAGAGGACAUUCCUAUUCCUCUAGUAGCAAUAAAAUUAGUCAUUCCGCAGUCAAAUAUGCCACAAGCCUUGCAGCCGAGCUCAGUAAGCAUCGGCGUGCGCGUGAAGCAAAGGAAGCUGCUGCACUGGCAGCAAAGGGAAGAGAACCCAGGGAACCACAUAGGGAAUCAAAAGAAAGGAUUAUGUAUCGUGAUUCGCCAUUGGAUGGUAAAGACAAUAUCAUUAUCACAAAAGUGGAAAGUGGUCAACGUAGUGUAAAACAAGACUAUAGGCAGCAGGAGUAUUUAAAGAAACAGCAUACACCAACUCCACCCCCUCCUCCACCAGGUUUGCCUCCUCAACGAAAAAAUAGACUUAUAGCACAAAUGGAGGACAAAAUUGUUGUGAAAGUUGAUAAUGCCAAACGGGAAAUUAUUGACCUAGAUAGUAUAAAUGACCAUCAUGACCUUGAACAUAAUCAUGAUCAUAGUUUUAGUCGUGAUGAUCGACGUGGGCAUGGUUCCGAGCGAGAUCAUCGAGGAGAGUUGCUAGACCGACGUGGGGAGGAUCGCAGAAGUGAGAUACCUGAUCGUCGUGGUGACAUGCACGAUCAUCGUGGUACGCCUGACCGUCGCAGUGAUGUACCUGAUCAUAGAGGUGAAGUGCCUGAACGCCGAGGGGAAGGGCGUGAAAGUCGGGAUUCUAGCUUUGAUAGACAAAUUAUAAAUCAAUAUAGUGGUCGAGGAGAUCGGCGCAGUGCAAUAGACUUUCCCACUUUACCUCGCCUUCCCUUACCUCAGGUGUCCCCAGAAGAGGAAUUUGACAGCGACAGCCCAUACAGUGAUAAUGCACCAGCUAACUUGCCAAAGGAAGAAGUCUACCCUCGACAGAGGCGGAUCACAGACCUCCCAAUGCCACCCAUGAUGGAUGAACCAGAGAUGGAUUAUGAAGUUGAACAUGAACCAGAGCCAGAGGUUAAACGUGAAGCACCAAGCUCUGGCAAGUUCAAGCGACCAAAGAUUUGUCUUCAAAGAAGAAAUGAUGAGCGAUCAAAGGGUGACUGGGGAGAGCGUUGUGUGGAUCUGUUUAAAACCAUAGAGAUCAUUGGAGAGGGCACAUAUGGUCUUGUGUAUAAGGCCAAGGACACCUUCACUGAUGAACUUGUUGCUCUGAAGAAGGUACGUCUGGAGAAUGAGAAGGAAGGGUUCCCCAUUACUGCUGUUCGGGAGAUCAAGAUCCUCCGACAGCUAAACCACCCUAACAUUGUGAACCUGAAGGAGAUUGUGACCGACAAGCAGGAUGCUCUAGACUUCAAAAAAGAUAAAGGUGCUUUCUAUCUUGUGUUCGAGUACAUGGACCAUGACCUCAUGGGACUGCUGGAGUCUGGCAUGUGUAAUUUCAAAGAAGAACAUAUCGCGUCUUUUAUGAAGCAGUUGUUGGACGGUUUGAAAUAUUGUCAUAACAAGAACUUUUUACAUAGAGAUAUUAAGUGUUCAAACAUUCUACUCAACAACAGAGGCCAGAUCAAACUGGCUGACUGGGGAUUAGCACGGUUGUACCAUGCUGAUGACAAGGACAGGCUGUACACGAACAAAGUCAUUACACUUUGGUACAGGCCUCCAGAGCUCCUCCUUGGUGAGGAGAGAUAUGGGCCUGCCAUUGAUGUGUGGAGUAUAGGGUGUAUUUUAGGAGAACUAUUUAUAAGGAAACCAAUAUUCCAAGCUCAGACUGAGCAGAACCAGCUGGAACUAAUAAGCAAGACUUGUGGCUCUCCAUGCCCGGCCGUAUGGCCCGAGGUCAUCAAACUACCACUCUUCCACACAUUCAAACCUAAAAAGCAAUAUCGUCGGCGACUGAGGGAGGAAUUUUCAUUCCUACCUAAGCACGCUCUUGACUUGAUGGACCAGAUGCUGGAGCUGGAUCCCGCUAGAAGAGUAACAGCCGAGCAAGCCUUGGUGUGUCCUUGGCUCAGGGAUGUAGAAUGUGGCAAAAUUACUCCACCAGACUUACCAAAGGACCAAGAUUGCCAUGAAAUGUGGUGUAAAAAUAGAAAGAAAAGCAUAAAAGAAGCAAAGCUAAAGGAAUUGGAGACAGGGUCGAAAAAUAUCACUCCACAAAAAUCUGGAGUGUCAGGGAGUGCUUACAAAUCUGGAUCAUCUUUAGCGAAGGGACACAGUGAUAUAUCUAAAUCCUCAUCAUCAGCAGAGAGUGUAUCCACGAAACCUAUAACUAAGAGUUCCACCAGUUCUUCUCAAUCAGCCACAUCACACAUGAUUGGACAUUCAUCUUCAUCAUCGUCUUCAUCCAGAAAGAAUGUUGCUAUUCCUGGACUAGACCAAUCAGUAGAUAAGAUCAGCAAGGAUGGAGACAGUAAUUCUGACAAUAGGCACAAGGGUCAUGAAGGUGAUGAUAUGGAAGGUAGGGGUAGUAGCUCUCUCCCUGCAGUCGAUCCACAGAACCAGCUUACCAAGAUGGUAGCUAUGCUACAGCAGGGCCUAUCUGUGGACCCUGUGGCCAAGAACAUGAAUAUGAAGCUUGAUGAACAGACCAUGCAGCUGAUGGACAACCUUGGCAAACAGCUCAUGUUGGCAGCCAGCAUGGCUAAGCAUGUCACAAAGGAUACUUCAGAAGAGGUGCCAGAGGAGACGAAGGCUACCGAUUCUUUGCCAGGGCUAGGUCACAGUGGAGGUGAUCAAGCACCUCAAGCAUACACUGAUCCAGCUACAGGUAGUAACUACCCAGACUAUCACCAGGCAGGGGACAGUCAGUCAGUGGACAGUUACGGGUAUCCGAUAGAGAGUGUACAGGAUCCUUACCCAGCAACAAGCUAUGCAGUGCCAACCCAGCCACAUUUAGCAGGCACUGGAGACCAGGAGACCAAUAGCAGUAAUGCAGGAGUCAAAGCAGCUCUGGCACAACUCCUGUCCCAGCAGGGCAUCAGGGUCGCUGUCGGGGGAAAUGAACUGGCCAACAGAGGGGUAGACCCCUAUACUUCACAGUCUGAUGGAUACUACCGUUCUGAUUCAACUGAUCCGAGCUAUGGAGCAAGAAAUUUUCCGAGCAGCAGCUCUGGUACAGGUUCUUCACAACUGAUGUCCGACCAGGGUCUUGCAGACUCAUACAGGCCACCAGGAUCUAAAAUCAGAACACCUACAACGCCUAACUUUCCACCUUCGUCCUCAGCUGGAUUGCAGAAACAGUACAGUGGUUACGGGUCUGAUGAUUCUCGUAGCAGCAAUGAUGCUUACAGUCAGGGUGGAUACCCAUUGAUGGGUCAGUCUUCAAUAUCGGGAGCAACUUCAGCUAGUGCUGCAUUUGGGACUCUCAAAGGUCAGACUCAGGCCAACACUGGAGUGACCCAAUCUGCUGGACCAAAACCUCUGAUGUCACUUGGUGUUUCUGGUUAUGGUGAUGGAAGACCACAGGGAAGUGUUCCUAGGAGCAUACUGAAGAAUAAACCAGGGACAGCUCCGUCACUUCUUGGACAAGGACCUACCAUUCCUGGAGGACCCAACUCGGGAGGACACAGAAUGAACCCUGCGGGCCAAAGAGGCACAUUCCCGCCCAGUAGAGGAAAUUGGUAAACUCUCACAAAUAUAAUGUUAUGUUAUGUUUAGUUUGUUUUUUGUAGGAUUUUAUUUUCUGGUAGACAUAGUCAUGCAAUCUUUGAAGGUUGAAGAGUAUUUUUUCAGAUAACUUUUACUACACCUCUUGCAGAAUUAUUAUUCAAGAAUAUUAAUACAAGAUAGUGUUUCAUAUUUGGAAUAUAUGUUCCCAAGAAUUAGAUGUACAAUGUAGUAAAAAAAUUGUUGCUAUUGAUUAAUAUAAGGUAAUCUAGCAUAGUAAGUGCUUUCAUCAUAGGAUAAUUUUAGAUAUUUUAAGUUAUAUGCUUUUUUAAUUAAGAAAUAUUUUUGGCAUCAGAUGUCCGACUUUGGAAAUUAAUAUUGAAUAGCAAGUAGUAUAAACCUGAGUCUGUAUGUAUAUACAAAUAUGUGUUAAUCUUUUUCUUUGUAGUUAUAUUAUAGCAUACUUAUUUCUAAGUUCCUCCCAUUUGUUUCAUUCAUUUGCCUUUUUCAAUAGGAACGCUUGAGGAUAUCUUUGAUAAUACUGUAAUUCUUGCUAAGAAUCCCUAUUAAUCUUGAUAAUUACCAAUUACAAUUAUGCAAUUCAUUGGAUUAUUGACCACUAUCUAAUGCCAUUAUUAUCACCAAAUUGAAACUUGAUUAUGGAAGUUAUAUUUAAACAUUUGGUUUUAUGUUUUAUAUGUCUUCUCUGGAACUGUAUAUAAAACUUAUUCUUUUCGUUAUUAAUGAAUUUCUUCCUCGGACCUCUGGUUUGAUGAAUUGCGGGAUUUUUAUAUUUUUUUUCUUGUGGCAGCAGACAGGAGUCUGCAGAUUACCAGCAUUUGAGAGCAGUUCAUUAUCUAACACUUCAUGUGGUGAAUCUGUUUGAGAAUGAAACGCUCUGGUGAUUAAUUUUUUUGUUUGUGCUUGCGGUACUGUCUGAAGUUGAUCAUCACACAUGUGCCAUUGAGGAAAAACCUUUUUGAGAAACAUUCAGGAAAAUUUGAUGGCUGCGGUGAAGACUUGUUCAUAGAAUGAUUGUUUAAUCUCCAAUUGUCUCCCAAGGAUUUUAUUUAAUUUUCUGAAAAUCGGGACUUGUGGAUAUGAAAGGAAAGCACAGCUUGAUUAUCGUGCAUAGUGAUAAUUUGUAGUACACAUCUUGUCCUACGAAAAACUUAAAAUAUAUAGACAUUGUAUUCUGUGUCCGACUUGCUCGGAAUGUUAUAUAUAUUAUAUUAUCUAUAAAUAAUGUGUAAUCUUUCCUUGAAAUAUGAUCAAUAAGAUAAUGUUACAUGUUGAACAUAGCACAUCAUCAUAUUUUUCAAUGACAAGUACAUGUAUUUAACGAUUCUAAAAAAGAGAAGAAAAAAUUGAAAAAAAAAAAUGCUUUGUUGUAAAUUAAAUGACAAAAUAGUGACUUUUCAUAUGUGUACGUACAUCAGGCUCUUGUUGCACAUUUCAGGGUUUGUCUUCACAUUAAAGUAUAGUUCCAUCACAUGUCACUUGAUCAUGCAAUGCGUUAAUUUCUUUAAAUUUUAUUGAGUGAAAGCUUAAGAAAAAAAGAUAUAUGAAAAUAAAUUCUAGCAUUUGAGAAAUUUGUAAAUAUAACCGUAUUUAUCCAGCAAUAAACCCAUCCAUGUCUAUUGCUAUUGAUUGUGAAAAUGCUAACAAAACUUAAUUGUCGAAAGCCCACUUUUUUACCUAAAUUAUUAGCCCCUAGGGAUUAUUACUGGAUACAUACGGCAUUGAACAAUAAUUAGGAGUCUUUGAUCACAAUAUAAGCAGAAUGCAAAUUUUGGUUCUUCUGCUCAGUAUUCCUUUUAGAUUUUAGAUGAAUAUUUGAUCCCAAAUCAUUAUUUGAUAUUUUUCGGAAGUAGGGACUUGCAAAUGUGUGAUUCAGGUGCAACAUGUAAUUUCCUUGAUAUGAAUCAUUGUUUGUGGAUAUGGUAAAUAAAUGCUUUUUUCCCUUCAAA